CUCUCCAAUCGUUCGCUGAUCGCAACACCAUUUCAGUCAAACGUCUCAAGUUCUCAGUCUAUUAAUCGGUUUUAUCGAAACGAAAAUAGCUUCGAACCAGUGCAAAAUCUGUAUAAAAGUGUUUAAAGUUAAGGGCAAAGUGGAGUAUAGUAGUUUUUCUAUACACUGGCAGUAAAUUUCUGUGGAAAAACUAACAGUUCAAAGUUUUAAAGUAAUUUUUGUAGCUGGUUCGCGUAGCUAAGAAGCAAAAAUGAUGGAAAAAUAUAAGUCCUCUUUGUACAUCUAUAUGUAGCUGUAGUGGAUGGUUGAGCUUCGACAACAUUAAUAAUUGUAUGCGUGUGUCUUUUCGACGCGAACAUUAAAUUGCGUGUGUUGACAAAAAUAUGCUUUGAUUGUGUAGGUUUAUUAUGACCGAACGUUAGAAGAGGAGUGAAGACGCCAGUCUAAACUGACUAGAGGCAAGCAUAAGUAAGUGUGUGAACAUCAUACAAUUCGACGCAAGUUUCCCAUUGAGGAAGUGAAGGAUAUCAUUGCAAAACCCGUGCCCUUCGUAACAUUUCAUACAAGGAUAGACUCGAGAAGUGCAUAUACGCUGAAAGUGAAAAUUUAUCGUAUCAACUUUCGAUUAACUGCUACAGCGGUUUUGUUAAGUUUCGACUGAUACGAGUUGUAUUAAAUGUGCCCGCAGCGAACGCAGCUUUAUAGCAGUCGCCGAAUCGCCAGUACAAAGAUAUUGAAAAAGAGACUCUGUGUACACCCAACGACCAUGUUCAGAAUCGCUCGAGUCAACAACAGCUUAAUAAGAGAGAGGUCACCCAAAAUGGUCAAGUACUCAGUUCCACAGAUCGUCAACGCGUUGAGUGCGCAUCACUGUUAAGAUCUAUCUCCGCUGUGUGGAGUAUUUUUGUGUUAAAACAACACAUUAGAUUAGUCCUGUAAGAUAGAAAAAAGCAUCGUUUGUUGGUGUAGAAAAUUGUUCAAAAUAUAACGACUAAACUAUUUUACACCUUACAUAAGCAUAAAUUACACCAGAUUUGAUACCAAAUAGUAAAAAAUCGCAAGCUUGUCUAUUUCAUCUCAUCGUACGGAAAACUGAACCUACUGAAUUAAAAUGAAGCUACUGGAAAGCACCAGCUUUGAAGCAAUCAACAAUGCCCUUCAUAUCCAAACUGGCGACAGUACUAUUCAUGGGCGCAUUGAGAGUUACUCAUGCAAAAUGGCUGGAAACGACAAGGCUCUGUAUAAGCGGUUCACUUCCGAACAAGCGCCAACGGAUUUGGAGGCAUUAUCACCUCCUCAAACACUACAGGAUAUGUCACCCCAGUUACUGCGUAAUUCAUUGUCAGGAGACGAAGGACUAACACUCUGCGAUACUAUUUCACGUAAAACAUUAUUCUAUCUGAUUGCAACGUUAAAUUCCGCUUUCGAACCUGACUAUGACUUCAGCGAUGCUAAGAGCCAUGAAUUCAGCAAGGAACCUUCACUGCAGUGGGUUCUUAACUCAAUCGAGGGAAAUCUCUCUGCGGUUGCAGGUGAGCAGUACCAUAAGAUUCGCACUGCUUUGUGGUCUACAAUUGAGGAGGAAAUCUUGUUAAAUGAUUGCGACAUCUACAGCUACAACCCAGACUUGAAUUCAGAUCCAUUCGGGGAACCCGGUUGUUUGUGGUCAUUCAACUAUUUCUUCUACAAUAAAAAGUUGAAACGUAUCGUGUUCUUUACAUGUCGUGCAAUCAAUUCAGUCUAUGCCGAUUCAGGUUUCAGCAGUGAUUUUGCUAUGGAGGAUGAAGAAUGCUACUAACUCGAACAAUGUAGAAAAUUUUAUCUCUCCUUGACCCCGAAUGCUGAACGUUUGGUUUCGAAGACGAUGUGCAUGGAUACCAUGAUGAUUUGAUAUAUAACAAGAUAACUUGUUCCACGUUGAAUGUACCCACAGUAAUUUUGUUUCAUAUUUACUAUCAACGCUCUAGCAUGUUAGUUUGGUUUUGUAGGGGUCACCGAUUCUUCCCCAUUUUUUCAUCGUAACUAUACAAAAAUUAUGACAACAGUAAUUAACUAACUAUAAAUUAAUUAAAUAGGAUUACAGUAGAAAUACUAUUCAGACAAGUAGAGAAACUUUGAACAAUUUUUAUAACACCACAUAGCACAACACCGUUACGUGAAGGCAGGUGAGAGCUGCGAUGUGAGAAUUGACGUAACCGUGAGUGCGCGAUGCCGGCAAUAUGUAGCCAACUGGAAAAACAAAUGAGUUUUUUUUAGAUUGUUAGGACAUACAGAUAUUCAAGCACCUACAUAUUAUCUUCCAGCUGGAUGAUAAGUUAAGGUAGGUUUUGAUAUCGAGUAUCACACAAAAUAUUAUAGAUAACAUAUAUAAAUCAUUUGAGGUUGCAAUGGAGCGAAAUUUAUUCACAUGUCAGACCAAGUGUACACAUUGAAUUUUACUAGAUCUCGUAGUUGAAAGUGAACAACAAAGCAUAAAAGAUAUUUUAAAGAUUUGUCUAAAAUGAGUAGAUUUCGUUUCAUUUUGCAGCCACCAGUUGGUGAGAUUGCCCCUGUUUUUGUUUGCUAACGAGCUACUUUUCUUGUUAAGAGAAGGAAUGCGAACACGAGUGUUUUGUUUGGAAUAAUGCGAAAUUAGGGAAAAGGAACUAGAAAGGCUACACCCCAGAAUGAAACUGUUUUUUGAUGGUGCUCAACAUUCUGGUGUGGUAUCAGUUGGCAAACACUAACAGUAUUAAUGUACACUCCGUGGGAUAGGGCGGUAGAAUUUUCAUCUGUCACUGAUCAGUUUGAAAAAACUCAGUGGAAGAGCCGCACGUGAGAACUAUUUCAUUGACUGUACUCUGUGAUAUUAGUACAUAAGACUUGAAAAGAAGAUCUAUACAUUACAUUAUUUUCACGGAAAAAUGUUAACAUUGGAAUUUAUUAUCGUUUCACGACUAAUUGUAUCAAGUUUGUAGAGAAUUCUAUAAAGAGACGGUAGUUUAAGUCUUUUCUUUUAAUUUGGAAGAUAUGAUGUGCUAAAAUCUAAACUGAUAUAAAAAAUCUUUGCUAUAGUUGCACGAAAUACGUUCAGUUCAUCAUCUUCUUACUGAAGUACAAACAAUAUUUAAUGAAAAAGAAUUUUUGAAAUUUGAAUAAAUUAAAUUCGUAUUGCAAUAUUCAACAUACAAAACUUCACUUAAGAUUGUUUUCAUUUAUCACUAGUUUUAACUAUAAUUGAUGCAGUUCUGGAAAUUUGAGUAUCCAUUUAAUGCAUAAAUAGAAUAUAUAUAUCGAUAAUAACGAUCUCCUUCGAUUAAAGAAAAUUAAAUGGUCAAGUGAGACGCCUCAACUCUAAGUGCACAAUAUUUAAUGGUAUAAAAUAAAAGAAGUAAUAGCAGAAGUUCUCUCAAUUUCAACUAUUCACAAGAGUAUGAGGCGUUAGACUACUAGCGAAUGCAUCACGCGUUUCUAAAAAAUACAAGUUAAUAAUUUUUUUUCCAUAAUGCUGUAUUAAUGCUACGUCCUAAAAUGAUCUAUUACUAAAUAUAUCGUGGAAUCAUCUGAUUUACAAAAUGAGAAGGCAUCAAGAAAGGCUUAUGACAUAUUAUUCUGAGGUGCACCAAUUCCACGAAUUCAUUAUAAUAUUUUUCUCACUGAUCGAAAAAAAAGUUUAUUUAUAGAACAUCUGAUUCUGAUACUAUUCACAUUGUGUCUAGUUGCAUGUGUUUAAAUUUUUUUCAUAGUUUUGAUUACCUAAUUCAGAGUGCGUUUGAACACACUUUACGGAACGAUCUAGAAUGCACCUACCAUGCAAGGUUAAUCAUAAUAAAACACAAGACUUUGCUGUUCUAGCGUUGAGAGAAUACAGAAUAAAGUAAAUUUAUUGUUUUUAUAAUUAUCCCCGUGUAACUAAACUAGUAUUCUAAUUACGAUAACAUCAUUAUAUAAAACUUUAAUCAAGAAAAAAGUAUCAUAAUGGUUAGGUGAAUCAAAAA